AUGACGUGUAAGUAUGAGGGGAGCCUUCCCUGGUGUCCGCACUCUCCUACCCUACCGAAACGGGCAGUGAGCGUGCGUGUGAUGGUCGAGGUUUCGUCAGGUCCUGUCAUAGCGGCUUACGGUAGCACGUUGGUCAUGCAGUGUGAACCUAGGCUGAGUUAUUGUCUCAGUGGGAUCAUCUGGAGUCCGGCCCUAUAUUGUGUGUUGGGUCCUUCCCUUCGGGCUCCAUCUUCCAGUUUGCACAUCCGUAUGAUGUGUCCUGUAGACUGUAGUUUAGUCUAUCAUGUGCAUUGAUUGGGCAUAGUAAAGAGAUUUCCACAUAUAUAAUGGUAAAGGGUUAUCUUAAUGAUUAUUUACUUAAAGAUAAAUCAAAUAAACAAGUAAAACUUAAAAAAAUUAUACAAAAAUAGAAACACUAUUUAAAAAAUGGUGUCAAGAUGUCUUGAUUUAUAUGACAGGGAUCCUGAAAAUCUUAUUAGUUUUAUAAUAAAUAAAUGGGAAAAAGAUAUACAUACAAAUAUACCGUAAGUUCCGAUGAUUGGAAAAGAUCGAUAGCUUUUUUUUCAAAGAAUAUACAUUGUCUCAGUUUGUCCUAGGUACAGUACAAGAUCAUGAUUACAUGAAACCUAACUCCAAGUAGACAAGCAAAAAUGCAUUUAAAUAUUUCCGACAAAUGUUGGAGAUGUCAUUCUCAUAAUGGAGGGAUGAUGCAUAUGUGGUGGGAGUGUGGGUCAAUAUUUCUUUUAUUGAGUAUGAUUGCCAUUAAAAUAAAGAAGCUGACUAAUAUCAAGACAGAUUUAUUCCCGAGUAUUCUUCUGCGGCAUCUAAAUAUGUAUCAAAUCUUUGGGCAAUUCUCUGUACUAGUUAUCCAUAUUUUGAUGGCAAGAAACUGGAGAUCUACUAAGGUUUCAUGCUGGGACUUAGUUAAAGAACAACUGGUAUAUCAGUUAAAGAUGGAAAUCGGAAUAAUUUCAACAGAUAGGAAAAUUAUGAAGGAAUCGCUGUAUAAGAUACAACAGACGUAAUUUCUUUAUUUAUUUUUUCUCUUUUUUUUUUUAAUUUAGCCCAUUGAACACAAUAUAAGGUAUAAUAUAGCCUAACAAGAGCAGACUGACUGAUAUAUUGAAGUCCUAGCUAUACUGGUCCCUCUCGCAGGAAUAAUUAAGCAGAGUUUUAUAACAUUAAAUGAUGUUUGUGUUGAUGUGUUGGUUACGUGAUGUAAUAUUUAAAUUUAGAAUAUGAGCAAUGUGUUAAAAUAAUGGAUAUAGAAGAAGAUAUAAUACUAUGCUAUAUAUAUAAACACAUAACUGUGUGUAUGUUGUAUUGCAUGGUCUUGUGAUUGUAUAUUUGUAUAAAAUAUUUUUCUGAAAUAAAGAUUAGAUAUGGAAAAAAUAUAUAUAUUACAUUAUUUUAAAACAUUAUUUAAACAUAUAUGACGAAAAUAUUGCUGCUACAGAGAACACUAUGCACCUUUUUUGUAUCUUUCUAGGUAUCUGACAUACAGACAAAUAUAUUUAAGAUCCACUACCUAUUACAUGGUUUAAAGUGGAUUUCUCAAUUUUCUGGAGAAAAUGUACUAUAGUGAUACACUUUGUAUAGAAAGUACUACACUAAUCAGUAAAUUGUGCUUUUAUUAUUGCUACAGUCAGGGUCGUCUUUAACACGGGGUAAAAAGGGCAGCUGCCCCGGGCCCAGUCAGAAAUAGGGGGCCCAAAGCAGCUGCCCCUUUAGCCCUCCGGCCGCCGUGGUGCGUGCAGCCCGCAUGGAACUAUCACCCCGGGCCGCGCAAUGUGGAGGCUCAUCGGGUGGUCAAUGCUCUAAGGGCCACCCGAUAGCGAUGGAUUUCAAGGGGCCCGGCUGCUUUGAGAGCGCGACCAGGCCCCCUGUGACAGCCAGUCACUUCCUCCCAGCAUUCACCGAGCGCCGUGCGGGAGGAGGAGAAGAAAAGGAGGGAGUCAGAGUGGGAGUUUUGACUCCCAUCAGCCUGAGCCAGCCUCCUGCACUCCAAAGGUCGGAAACACAUAAAAAAUGUGCAUGUAUGUAUGUGUCUGUAUGUAUCUGUAUGUAUGUAUAUCUGUUUGUAUGUGUGUAUCUGUAUGUAUGUGUCUGUCUGUAUGUAUGUGUCUGUUUGAAUGUAACUAUGUCUGUUUGUAUGUGUGUAUCUGUAUGUAUGUAUCUGUUUGUAAGUGUCUGUUUGUAUGUAUGUGUCUGUAUGUGUCUUUGUAUCUGCACGUGUGUCUGUGUUUGUAUCUGUGUGAGUGUCAUUCUGUGUAUUUGAAUGUGUAUCAUUCUGUGUGUAUGUGUAGCUGCAUGUGUGUCUGUGUAUCUAUAUAUGUGUCAGUGUCUGUAUCUGUGUGUAUCUGCAUGUGGGUCCGUGUAUGUAUCUGUAUAUUAUUGUGUGUAUCUGCAUGUAUGUCAGUGUGUUAGCGUUUCUGUUUAUCUGCAUGUUUGUCAGUAAGUGUAUCUGUGCAUCAGUGUAUGUAGGUGUGUCAGUGUGUAUCUGCAUGUGUGUCUGUGUGUAUCUGCAUGUGUGUCUGUGUAUGCACUUGUGUGUCUGUGUAUCUCUCUAUGUAUGUCUGUACCUGUGUAUGUGUGCAUCUCUAUGUAUGUCAGUGUUUGCAUCUGUAUGUGUGUUAGUGUGUGUAUUUUGUCUCAGUAAGAAAUGAGAGGGCUUAGUGUGUGUUUUUUUUUUGUGUGUCUGAUUGCAUGCUAGGAAGGGAAAUGGCUAGCUCAAGGGGCCCAAAUCAAAUAGCUGCCCAGGGUCCAAUCAGUAUUAAAGACGGCCCUGGCUACAGUAUAUAUGUAUUAUGUAGCAUUUAGGUACAUUUUGCUACAGUGUCCUUAAAUUGCCUACCUCUAUUAUUAAGUUUGGUACUUUUCUAACCAACUUGGAAGGACUGAAUUAGACAUAUUUUUUAUUUAUUUUACUUUGGAUUUUUAAUGUAUUUUAUUUUAUUCUUAUUUAUUGUUCUGCUUUUAUGGUUUUAUUUAUUUACUAAUUGUAUGCUGAUAUCUGUUAUCAGCUCCUAGCCUUUUUUUUUUUAUCAGUUUCACUGCUUAUUGCAUUUUUUAUUUGCCCAUUUAAUAGCUUCCCAUAACACAAUAGAUUACAAAGUCAGAAAUAUUAUGCAUUUCCUUUGAUGCACAUCCAUUUUCUUACCACUAGAUGACAGUAGAACACAGCUAUAUUUUAGUGCUUUGGGAUAAAAUAUUAAGUAUAUUCACAACGUGGCAAGUGAAACUCUGUGAAUAUUUGCUUUAGCUUCUUUUUAUGAAAAACAUAUGUAAAUGCUGCUUAAAUUGGUAUAUCUAUUCAGAAUAAACGUAAUACUCUGAGCACCAAAACAACUUUAGCUUGAUGACGCAGUUUUGAUGAAUUCAUGCCCCUGUAUUCUCACUGCUUCGUUCUCUGUCAUUAAGGAGUGAAAUCAUUCUUGUUUCUGUUUAUGUAGCACUAGCCACACUUUCACUAACUGUGUCUCACUCAGACUCUAUGAAAAAAAUAAGAUAAGCUCAGAGCUUUUUAUGAACACACUGUGCAAAAAAGGAAGUUUAAAAAUGUGAUUUUUACAGGAAGUGUGAAGGGAGACUGUGUAGUUCACAAGCAGGAAAGGAGUGAGUAGGGCUGCAUAACGAAAGUUAUUUAACUUCUAAAUGACAGAGAAUUGAGCAGUUAUAACACAUAGGCAUUGUCUAUACACCAAAACCAUUCCAUGGAGCUAGUGUUAUUUCGGUGCUUUGUCUGUCCCUUUAACCUAAACAUCUAGAGUCAAUAGGAGAAAGGAAGACAUUUUCUAUAAAGGGUAUAAAAGAUCUUAUCUCCAGGUUCAUAUUUUUACCCCACCCCAUGAAUAUGUGCACUGGAGCGCAAAUAUAAACAGUGUCCUUCAAUAAGCAGUGAAGCCUGUCCAUUUACAUUAGAGGAACCUGGUCCAUCACAACUACCCAGAAGUCCUAUUUCUUUGGUAAGUGGAAUGUUAGAUCUUAAUAUGGAUGCCUAUUGUAUAUCUACUACAGCCGUGGUUCCAAACCUUUUUUUAUUUGUGUACCCCUGAGCAGCAUGAUUUCAUAAACUAUACUCCUCAUAUUAGCAAAAUGUUUGUAAUUAUUAUAGCUGCCAUUAUUUCAAAUUAUACACACAUACACACACACACACACACACAUACAAAUAUACACUGACAAUCAUGCAGAUACACAGAUACAAACACUGACACACAUGCGGAUGCACAGAUAUACAAACACACAGAUACACACACUGACACAUAUGCAGAUACACAGAUACAAAAACUGAUAUACAUACAGAUAUAGACCCACAGAUGCACAGAUGCAAACACAGACACACAUAUGGAUGCACAGACACACAGGUUCACUGACAUACAUACAGAUACAAACACACAUAAAAUCACAAAGACACAGAUACAAACACUGACACAGAAACAAAUACUCACACAUAUGCAGAUGCAAAGACACAUAGGUACAAACACUGACACACAUACAGAUACACACACUGACACAUAAAGAUAUACAGACACACAAAUACAAACACUGACAAAUGCAAAUGCACAGACACAUAGAUACAAACACUGACACACAUACAGAUUAACAGACACACAGAUACAUGGUGAAGGCAAAAGGAAUAGGGGGCAUUCCAGAAACAUGCAUUUUGCAGGAAUGGUGCUGCUGUAGUGACCAAAAGUCAUACAUAAUACAGAUUAAGGCGCAGCGCACACAUAAAAAUAUAUUUUUUGGGGCGGGGCCUGACUGCAGACCGAGUCAGUCGCAUGGUGCUACAGCUCCUCCGGGAAACCCACUUAAAGUGCCAUUGAAUUGGGCUAAUUUGCUCUUUUGCUGGCUAAAAGCCUGUCCCUACUCCAGGGGAGCACAUCUGGGUCUCUGACUGAAUCCUGCGGACACAGCCCAAGUAAAGCUCCUGUGAGGCCUGUGGCUACAGUCGAGGGUGGGGAGGCAGCCGAUCCUCUGCCUUGAUCUGGAGCCUACUAAUCACAAGCCCUGUUCCCCUCUCCUUUGGACCAGUGGGGGAAAUCCCGGUCCGCACUGGGGUAUUGAAGUGGCCAGCCCACCACAACCUCAAACUACCUGGUGUGGCAAAAAAACCAUGGACAACAUACCAUGAUCGCUUCCACCUGUAAAUCAGUUCCUCCUGGCACUUGCCUGCACUUGCGAGCUGUUUAGGGCAAACCUCUAUGACAGGAGACCUACCUACACUUCUUGUGGCUGAGCUGCAGCACUCGACCUGCCUCAACACUUUUGGAAUCUCCCCAGAGGGACACAGCAAAAGAGACAGCGCAAACAUCUAACACGGCAGUUACUGAACUCCCACGGCUGUAUCCAGCAGGUUCAUUGCAGCCCAUUCCAGCUGUGGAGAAACAAAUCUCUCCGCUCCCGGCAAAGCCUGCCUGAAUCAAGCAUCUGCACAUCGGACCACAGGAGGUGCAGGGCUGAGGUGCUGCGACAUCGAGCCUCGCUUACUGCCGUAAUUAAAACCACACUGGACUGUCUGGCACCCAUGCUCGGUCAGAGAAGCCUCUUUGAUGCUGCUGAAAAUAGCAUAAUCUGGGCCUUACCAUCUCUCAGAAUUGGCUGAGGGGCUGGCACACCCUACAUAGAGCCCUGGAGUUUUAUUAUAGGUUUCCCUUUGCUUACUGUGCAUUAUCUAUAGAGCUACACAGGGCUACCCUACCUUCCCAGUGGUAACUGUUAUUAUUUCUCACAGCUCUAUUCAUGUUCUUUUCUUGUUUUUUUCUUCUCAUAGAAUGGUGCUAUUGCUGUCUUUUCAACUAACUUAAAAUAAAAAAAAAAAGUGCAGUCUGUCCUUGACAUUCCAUGUGACUCUUAUCUUACUAUGUCUUGUUAUUUUGAACAUUUCAAUGCAAUGUCUAUAAGAGCUGGUUUGUUACCUUAUGCACUGAAAAAAUAAUGAAUACAAAAUAAAAAAUAAAUACAUUUUUAAAUGUUAUGAGGCUAGUUAAAAUUCCCACUGGGGAUUCAGUUCCACCAUAUGGCUAUAUUGUGUUAAGCCUACCCCUACUUCACAGUACCCCAAUAUCGGUGGGUCCUACACUAAUUCAGACAUAGGAGACAAAUAAUAUAGUGCUAAUUCUAAAUAAUAUGCUGUAUGAAAUUAAAUUAAUUUAAAUGUGGUCACCUCCAAAGGGUCCUCUGAAGCCGGUGGGGGCUCGGCGGGGUGCUUGACCCCAAAGGAAAUCUCAUGUGGAUGCAUUGACAUACAUAGAGCUACAGACACACAUAAAAUCACAAAAAUACACAGAUAUAAACACUGACAGACACCCACAGAUAGAGACAUACAGAUGACAAACCACAUACACACAUUUGGAUACAAGCACUAACACACAUACAAAUACACAUACACAUACACAUACACUGACACACACUUAUUGCAAAGGUAGAGAGGAUAUACACACACGAUCCAGGGAGUACUUCCAUCAGGGUGAUCCAGACAGGCAGGGUCAUAAAUCCAGGAAAGAUUCAAUAGAACAAUGUAGAUCGUUAGACUUGACAAAGCCUCAAGGAACGAAAUGUUGUUUUUGUUCUGCCUACUGAGGAAACCACCAAUUGUGCCCUGAUCUACCUUGUUCUAUUGACAGACACACAUGCAGAUAUAUAGACACAUAGAUACAUAGACAUACAUACAUAUACAGACACACCAAUACAAACACUAACACACAUGCAGAUACACAGACACACACACUGACACACAUGCAGAUACACAGACACACUGUAGCUGUAUAUAUAUAUAUGUGUGUCAGUAUGUGCAUCAGUGUGACUGUAUCUGCAGGUAUCAAUGCAUGUAUCUGUGUAUCGCCACGUGUGUCAGUGUUUGUAUCUGGGUGUCUGUAUCUGUCUGCAAACACUGACAUACAUACAGUUGCACAGACACACUAAUACACACACUGAUAUGCAUGCAGAAAUACAAAUAAAAACACUGACACACAUACAGAUACUGACACAUACAGAUACACACACUGACACACAUACAGAUGUACAGACACACAUAUACAAACAUUGGCUCACAUGCAGAUACACACACACUGGUAAAAACACUGACACACAUACAGAUGUAAAGAUAACAGAUACAAACACUGCCACACAUACAGAUACACAGACACACAGACAUACAGAUACACACUGAUACACAUACAGAUGCAAAGACACAAACACAUACAUACACACUGACACACAUACAGAUACAAACACUAAAUACAUCCAGAUACACACUGACAUACAUCCGGAUACAAAUACUUCAUACAUACAAAUACAGACACCCAAAACACACUGAUACAGGUCACAAUUUUAGCCACCCUCCGGUUUCUUACCUUUUAAAUGCAGGAGGGUGACUUUUGCUGGCUGUGGCUGGCGGGAAUUGGGGGCUUGCUCUUCCAGUCCAACCCCCAUGAUGGCUCCCUGUCCUCCCCACCCACGUAGCUGUAUUACUUCCAUCCGGUUCUCCCUGCAGUCUAGAAGGUCGCGCUAUUAAAAAUGGUUAAAUGUAUUCACUCUGUCAAAGAUAACAGACAGGCCUUUUGUCACUUUUAGAGGAGCACCUAUUUUAAAACAAUUUUAACUCAAAAUCAUCCUAAAAAGAGUUAUCAAUUAAUUUUUUUAAAUGAUAGAAAAGGUUUUUAGUCAUGCAAUAAAUGUUUAGUGUGUAAAUAUAAAAUAGAGCUAUAAAAGCACUGCGCUGCAUGCUACACUAUGAAGUCUUACUCUUGACUUCUUCAUUUCCUAGAGAACUCACUGAGCCCAUCAACUAUGCCAUUAGCAUAGUAUGCCAAGCAACUGUGCCCUAGCAGCCAUGUUUCACAAUGUAGUAUCACCAUUCAUCCUUCAAUUACUUUGUUAUUCGUUUAAAGGUACAAACAUGUAUCAUCUUCAGAAAAAGUACAGAAAUGAAUCAAACAUUACACUUUUCUGCCAGGACAAAUGGAUAUAUUCUCUUGAUUUAAGUAAAAAAGUGAUAAUGAUGUCUAUUUUUUAUUUAAUUCAGAAAGAAAUAGGAGAUGUGCAUAUGUUCGUGUCAGGGUAUAGUAUGUAAACAUUGAAACUGUGUGUGCAAUCUCAAUGUUAAACUGAAAAAACAAAUACAGGGAAUGAAGUUAAGGAAGUGACUUGACUAAUACUGUAUGUUUUACAGAACUAGAAUGGAAAGUAGGGACCAGAGAGUUCCCAAAACAUUUAAGACGUGUAUAAUGAUAAGUAAAAUCAAAAUUCAGUGCAAUCAACCCAACGGUGGAGGCCUACAAUUUGUGCAGCCAUGCAUUGAUGCUGAUUAAGAGUGAGACACAUUUCUGGAAACAAGUGAAAUGAUUGGGGACUGAGGUUUUAGAAGAUGUAUAAAGUAUGCAUAUAAGGUGCAUAAAAUGUUAUCAGUGGAGACACUUACUGGGUAAUUCACUCAAAAUCUGAUCAAUCAGUAUUGUAACUUGGUCUCUGUUGUGCUGUCAUCAAUCCGAUUCUAUACAACAUUUUGUCAAAAAAAAUAUUGCGUAGCUGCUUGUAGGCUUUUCAGACUUAGGAAUCUUUCAGAGUUCAAUAUUUCAUAUAAGCAUGUGACAAGAACUCCAUACGGAAAAUGUGGGCAAAUAGUCACCCGUUGACAUAGAUCCAUACCGCACCGGAAAUCAAUUCAGAAACCAAUGAGACUUAAGUUUUAGUACAAAGUAGCCAAACUAUAGGCAUAGCUGACUUAGAUAGUUCUCAAAUUUGGAUAUUUUGCCCUUAAAUGUAAAAUUCACUUCACUAAAUUUGCACUGAAUUCUCACUUUAGUGAAUAACAUUGCCAAUUAUUAAAACUAUCCAUAAUAAUGAGUACCCAUAAAUGCAGAACCCCUUAUAAGAACGUGAGUUUAAUUAAAUUGUUAUGGAGGCAGGGUUGUCCAGGAGCCUUCUUACCUUCAAGGAUUACAUUUGCUCUCUGCAGUCCAGUAUGAGGAAAGCCGCUGAAAGCGUCAGCUGACAUAUUGGUAGAUACCCCUUAAUAUUUUAGGGAAAUAUUUAUUGUUUCAGCAAAAGGUGAUAACAUAGAAGUUUGUGUAUAAUUAAACCCAGACCUGCACUAGAGAUGGGCCUACAGAUAUAGUAGAACUCUACAAUCAAGCUCUGCUUGAAGCCAGUGAGUAUAUUGAAGAAACCCAAAAAUAUGAAUGUCCUUGUUUUACAUAACAGGUAAGUGAUUGGUUUAUAUGCCUGGUGGUUCUAUGGAACUGUAAGUGCAGUUUGCUACUAAUGGCUACUCAUGCUUGAAUUGAAUGUUUUCUGUGAUUUUGUUAUGUUAUAUAUUAUUACAUAUAUAUAUAUAUAUAUAUAUUGCCUAGCUGCUUGCAGGCUUGAGAUAUAUAUAUAUUAAGACGUGGUUAAACGUAAUACUGUAUUGCUAAGCUGUCUUGAUGACAUACUGAACAGGAAUUUACUGACGGGUAUAGUCUAUAAAUAACCAAAAGAAAUCAGACAUCAGUAAUACAUUAUUUUUUAUUAUUAAUGUAAUCACAAAGGCCACACUCUAGGAGAGUUUCUGAACACACAACAGCACAUAUAGUCUAAGAAAGAGCUUAUAUGUUCUGAAAAGUCUAGACUAGGGAAAGUCAACCUUCAUCACUCCAGAUGGUGUGAAAUACAUCUCCCAUGAUUCCUUGCCAGCAUUAUGGUCUUAAGAUGUAGUCCACAACAUUUGGAACAUUGCAGGUUGACUACCCAAUCUCUAGAGCAACCCUGUGCUGCUAAUAUGUCCAGACUCUCCAUGGGGAGAAUGGUUGGCUAUAGGUAGUCCGCUCUAUUUUGUGAGUGAAGUAGUCUGUGUUUUGACUCCAAAUUCAGUAGCUCCAAGUCCAAGGAAUUUUGUUCUGUCUUUUAGGUUAUGCUGAAGCAGGACAUUUCCAUACCUGGAUUUACUCUAGUAGCCUUUUCAAUGCAGCAGCUCUGGACAUUGAAUAUCAAGAUUAUUUUAAUAUCCAGAGUUGUUGCAACUCUCACCAACCACUUUGGAGUGGGCACCUCAAUGCUCCUCUUUCAUGUGUCCUCCAAGAGUUACUCAAAGAAUCCUGGUCUAAAAUUUCAGGAACCUGACUGUCAGGGCAAAACAUAAAACAUUGUGUGGCAUCAUCAAUCACCUUGAUAUAUUGGUAACAAUGGCAGCUUCAGUCUCAUUCAUAGUAUGCCUUGACCAUGGUGUCUUAGAAACAUCAAUCAAAGAAUAAUAUGUGGAUCAACCAAAUAAAACGCAUUAGGCAUAAGCAUUCAGAUAAGAUAAUCAAUGUAUACUUUGCCCGGCAAUAUAUUUUACAAAGUAUAUAGUUACCUUACUUGUUGGUACAAGUCAUGCGUCUGUUGACAUUUUUGUUAUGCAAUUUGAUUUCUCUACAUUGUUUCUUGGUUUUUAUCAUGAAUAUUGCAUGCAGCAGCUGGCCCCGUAUUCAGAAAGUUGCACUUGCUUGUCAGGCUGAAUAUUGUAAGCAAACAUUUGCAUGUCAUUUUGUGACACCAACUGAAUUGUACAGCUGCUGCCUUACUUAUGGUAAAUGAUAGACAAAUUGUUUCAUUAGUUGUGCUGUGCGAUAACAUGCAGUGCCAUCCAUGUAAUCUAUUUUAUUUUAACCCCUGGCUGCCAAAGAAUGUGCUUUUAUUAGCUCUCCCAUGAUGCUUUGUCAACUUUAAAACUGCUAAUCUAUAUUUUUUGCCAGCCAUGCAUAUCAUUCAGGCACUAUGGAAUAAAGACUUAAAUACCAAAACAAAAACAAAACAUAAUUUAACACAAUUUAUUUUACACAAAUAAUCCUCAAGAUUUGUUCCAAUUGGAAUGGUUUGGAAAAAAGAGAAUACAUCUGUCACUGGUUCCUAUUGGAUACAGCAUAGGUUUAUAAGUGAGUUGUGUGUUUUAAGAUUUUACCAGGACCAGAGUGUGUAGUUAGUUGUGAAUCUGUUUUAAUGGCUUUAUUUUGAAUCAUGUUUAGCAUUCAGCAGUGUUUGUGUGUUUGAAUGUUAGCAUGUUUUUGUAUCGAGGAUGUUUGAGUGAAUAUAGGGGUGUGUUAGUAUGUAGUGUUGGCGUUUAAAUGCAAGCAUGCAUUUGUGUGUAGUGUGGUUUUGAAUGCAGUGGUGUGGUUAUACAUAAUGGUGGGAUUUGUAUGUAGUGUUGACGUUGAAAUGCAGGGGUGUAUUUGUGUGUAGUGUUGGUGAGAUUCUGAGAUGUAUGCACAUAUACACACUAACACACAUGCAGAUACAUAGAUACACAGACACACACAGACACACAUGCAGACACAGAGGCGACUCUAGGAAUAAUAUAUGGGGAGCACAUAAGAUACCACAGUCAAAACUGGGGGGAGGGCACUAAAACCUUUCCCUAGGGGAUGGGGUAAUAUGCUGCCAUUGGCUGUCUGAUGCCAGCAUGCUGUGUUUUAAUAGAAUUCACAUUAGCCACCCAGAUUUCCUGUUGUGGGCUGGCUGACACAUCUUACCUUCAAUCUUUGUUUGUCAGAUAACUCCAAAUAACACACCAAAUAAGUGAGCUGUGUGCUAAACAUCACCCUAAUUUAGUAUAUUUAAAUGUGGAAAUCUCACAUAAGGGUACCAAUUUAGGGAAUUAUCUACUAAACAGCUAAAAGAUCAACAUUUUAAAAACCAUUUUCUUAAUUUUAAUCUUUAAUUUUUUUAGUAGACAACUCACUUAUUUGUUAUCCUUAUGUGAGAUUGCAACAAUUAAGGACACCAAAUAAGAGAGCUAUCUACUAAACACAUACAUAUUUAUAUACACAUACAAUAACACAAAAUAUGUAUAUCUAUGUGUGUGUACAUCUGUGGUUGUAUGUGUGUGUAUAUACACAUACACAAUCGGAGACAUGCACCCACAUAACCAUAGACACACACACAAACAUAAUCACAGACCCACACAUACAAUCCCAGACCUACACACACAAUCACAUACAUAAACACACAUAUUCACAACACACCCACUUAACCACAGAGAUGCACACACAAUCACACACAUAAUCACAGACAUACACGAACACAAUCACAGACCCUAACACAUAAAAUCACAGACACACAAUCACAUACACAUAUAAUUAGAUGUACACACACAAUCAUCACAAACAUACACACAUUUAAUAAGAGGUCCACCCAACCUUCCUACCUUGCUCUGGGAGGGUUGGAGUGGAGGGCUGGUGGUCAGUGGUUGCUGCUGGUAUCUCUGUGCUCUUCCUGCACAGGACGCCGAUGCCGGGAUGACAUCAUGUCCCAGCUGCCGCCUCACUGCAGGGGGAAGACAGUAAGACACAGUCAGAUGCACACAGUUAUACACAUAUACGGUCAAAUACAGCCACAUGCACACAGUCCGAGGCACAUAGUCACACGCACACAGUCAAACCCACAGUUACAGGCAGACAGUCCACACAGUUACACACACACAGCUACAGGCAGACAGUCACACACACACACACAGUUAAGGGCUGUAUCACGCACAGUUUCAGGCAGACUGUAAUACUGUUACAGGCAGACUGUAAUACAGUUACAGGCAGCAUCACACAGUCACAGGCAGACAGUCCCACACACACUCAGUGACAUGCAGACAGUCACACACAGUCACACACAGAGUUACAGGUAGAAAGUCACAUACAGAUGCAGGUAGACAGUCACACACACAGUCAUAGACAGUCACACACAAUAGCAGGCAGACAGUCACACAUACAGUCACAGGCAGAUAGUCACAAACUGGCACAGGCAGACAGUCACACACAGUCACAGACAGUCACACACACAGUCACAACCAGACAUUCACACACACAGUUACAGGUAGACAGUUACACACACAGUCAAAGGCAGUUAUGCACAGUCACAGGCAGACAGUCAUACACGCAGUCAUCGGCAGACAGUCACACACACAGUCACAGACAGUCACACACACAGUCACAACCAGACAUUCACACACACAGUUACAGGCAGACAGUCACACACACAGUCACAGGUAGACAGUUGCACACACAGUCAAAGGCAGUCACAGGCAGACAAUCAAACACACUGUCACAGUCACAGGCAGACAGUCACACACACAGUCACAGGAAGAAAAUCACACACACAGUCACAGGCAGAAAGUCACACACAAAGUCACAGACAGUAACAGGCAGACACUCACACACACAAUUAAACAUACAGUUACAGGCAGACGUUUACACAUAUAGUCACAGACAGUCACAGGAAGACAUUCACACACACAGUCACUGGCAGACAGUCAGACAUACAGUCACACACACAUACACACACACACACACACACACACAGUCACAGACAGACCCAAUCACAGUUACAUACACACACAGUAUAGACUCUCUCUCACUUACUGGUGGAGGAGUGGAGUCAGUGAAGUUCCUGGUAUGUAGGUGUUGGGGAAGCAUUGACUCCUUCCUGCUUCCCCUCUGUGUGUAGCAGUAGCAGCAGGUGGAGGCCGCCUUUAGCUGUGCCCCCGCUGCCAAUUUGGCUUUGCCCCCAUGGGUAAUUUAGCAUCACCCCAACUCUCCGUGCAGUUCUCCUGCUCCCGGACCCUGCGUAUGUGAGCUGUGCCAGCUGCCCGGAGCUCCUACUGCCACGGCGCCCUCACACCUCCCCAAGAUUGGCCAGCCCUGGUGGCACCCCCUACCUUGUGGCAACCGGGGUAGACCGUCCCCCCCCCUCGCCUACCCAUUAGUAUGCCACUAGGUAUAGUGUUCCUUUAAAUCUCUUUUGUUUCUGUCCAUGCAGCCAUAGUCACACCUUCCCUGGCUGUGAUUGACACAGUCUGCAUGAAAAAACAUUGGUUACAUAUCCAAUGGCAAUCCCCCAAAAACAGAAAUACUGAAAUAGUAAACAAAGUUAUCCACGGAUACUGCUACUCUACACAAUAAAACAUUCAUAUUACGGUAUGUUAUUGUAAAGAGCAAUUCUGAGGAAAAGAUAUAAAGUAAUGCAGUAUCCAUAGAAACCACUGACAUGCUCCUACUAGUUGCUCUACUUUUAGAAUAUUGCUCCACAAUUGCUCUUUAUAAAUAACCUAUCAUUUUUCCACUCCACAUUAUGUUGCGCCAAAUUGAUACUACAUUGACUUGCCUGCUCUAACAUAUUUUUUUUCCACGUCAAUCAUAGUAAAAUCUAUUCCUCAAAAUUGCUGGUUAAAGUAAAUUUUUCAGAAAAUAGGAAAAUAGGAUGGAAAUAAACUCCUUGGAAAUUAUAAGCAUUAUUUACAUAAUUUUGCUAUUUCAUGAUGAAAAGUCAUGAUUUUAUUAAAUAUAAGAAAACAGGGGACUACACUCUCCUGAACAUGCAUACACGGAGUGCUGCUGGGGCUCUAGCAGCACCCUAUUUAUGCAUGUUCAGGUGAGUGCAGCCCCUGGUUUCAUAUAUAUAUGUUUGGGAGUCUAGUCAACUCCUUGGUUUUGCACCCCUCCCUGUCACAGGUGCCUCAUCCCAGGGCCCUAUUUAGCCUUGUACUGCAGAGAGCCCCAGAUAGAAAUUUUUCCCCAAGUAAGUGGGUUAAUCUCAUAAGAGACAUAAGGGGCAUUAUGUUGUCAGAGUAGGAUCUGCCAAAGACGGGGUACAUUGACGUUGUGGCAGGCUUAUACAUUGUAUGAUCAUAUACUGUAAACAUUAUUUUUACCUAGAUUAUGUGUUUUAAAAAAAACAAUAAAACCUGUGAUGUUGCUUUUUAGUAGAUGAGUGAGAGCACUGGAUCUUGUAUGAUUUUAUGAAAGACAUGGAGGCGAGUGUUGUGCAUUUCUCUUUCUUUUUAAACAUAACAGCAAAAAAAAAAAAACAAUGAGAAAAAGGAUGCUUAACACGUGACCUCCCAAACUCCACCCCUCAUAUAUAGCUAUCCCUAUAUCAAUUAGGAUCACAUCCCCAAGAACCAGAACCAGGGCAACUGACAUCUCCAACAGCAGACGAACAAUGUCAUGGUCUGUAAUCAAGAAUGAAAAAGGACAAUCUGAAUCCAACCAUAGCUCAGUCAGAAUGAGGAUAUUGUCCAGGUACACUGUCAGUCUGACUCUCCUGACCCCCAAAAAUGCCAUAAGCGGUCGCAACAGCUCCAACGAGAGGCCUAAGGACAGGCAACUUCCAUCUCUCUCCCCUCCAAAGGAAUAGUAGGAAGUCCUGGAACUCCAUGACAAUGGGGACCAUGAGAUACAUGUCCUUGAGGUCCAAUUUCACUGUCCAAUCCCCGGUGAGGAAUGCAACGCGAAUAAUGAGAAUCUCCUCACUCUUGAAGUGCCUGUAGCACACCAAGGCAUUCAGAGAAAGGAGGUUUAUCACUGGCCACCCUUUUUGAGGAUCAAGAGAAUGUUGCUCACGUAUGGGCGAGGGGUCAGAAGUGCAUGCUCAACUGCCCCUUUGAGGCCCCUUUUAUUCUCUAAUCCUGUAUUGACAAGGUGCUUGUCAGACCUGAAGAAAACAAGGGCUUUAGGGUUCUGUCGAUGGACAUAUUUUAAAACAGAAAUUCUCCUAUUUUAAAUAUGAGGUGCUGUGUCUGGAUAGGAUGAUUUUUGCUGCAACUAUUUUGAUUGUAUUUAUUAUUUUUGUAAGCUAAUAUGUUCAGACUGGGGAAGCAUUAGGAAUAUAUUAUUAAAAUGAAUAACAUCACUUUGUAGUUUAAAAUACAUGUAGAAACAUAGGGGGUGGGGGCGUUACGCCAUGCUGAACGGUCGCAUGCGGGAAAGGCUCCUGCAGGGACCGACAUCUAAUGCUGAAUCCAGAAAAAUAAAGAAUGUAGUAAAGUACAUGCAGAAACAUCUAGUCUGCCCAAUUUUCAAUAUAUUUUAAUUUAUCCCUGGCAUUAUCUUAAGUCUAGGAUAGCCUUAUGCCUAUCCCACGCAUGCUUAAACUGCUUUACUGUGUUCACCUCUACCACUUCAGCUGGAAGACUAUUCCAUAUGUCCACUACCCUCUGUGUAAAGUAAUACUUCCUGAAAUUAUUUUUAAACCUUUGCCCUUCUUAUUUAAGACUUUGUCCUCUUGUUGUGGUAGUUUUUCUUCUUUUAAAUAUAGUGUCCUCCUUUAGUGUGUUGAUUCCCUUUAUGUAUUUAAAUGUUUCUAUCAUAUUCCCCCUGUCUCGUCUUUCCUUCAAGCUAUACAUGUUAAAAUCCUUUAACCUUUCCUUGUAAAUUUUAUCCUGCAAUCCAUGAACCAGUUUAGUAGCCCUUCUCUAAACUCUUUACAAAGUAUCAAUUUCCUUCUGAAGAUACGGUCUCCAGUACUGUGUACACUACUCCAAGUGAGGUCUCACCACUGUUCCUUACAAUGGCAUGAGCACAUCUCUCUUUCUACUGCGAAUACCUGUCCUAAACAACUAAGCAUUCUGCUAGCAUUUCCUGUCGCUCUAUUACAUUGUCUGCCUACCUUUACGUCAUCUGAAAUAAUUACCCCUAAAUCCCUUUCCUCAGAUGUUGAGGUUAAGACUCUAUCAAAUAUUUUAUACUUUGCCCUUGGGUUUUUACGUCCAAGAUGCAUUAUCUUGCACUUAUCCACAUUAAAUGUCAGCUACCACAGCUCUGACCAUUUUUCUAGCUUACCUAAAUCAUUUGUCAUUUUGCUUAUUCUUCCUGGAACAUCAACCCUGUUACAAAUCUUAGUAUCAUCAGCAAAAAGACAUACCUUACCAUCAAGACCUUCUGCAAUAUCACUAAUAAAAAUAUUAAAGAGAAUGGGUCCAAGUACAGAUCCCUGAGGUACCCCACUGGUGACAAGCCCAAGCUUUGAAUAUACUCCAUUGACUACAACCCUCUGUUGCUUGUGACCCAGCUACUGCUUAACCCAAUCAACAAUAUUGGAAUCCAAACUUAGAGAUUGCAAUUUAUUGAUGAGCCUUCUAUGUGGAACAGUGUCAAAAGCCUUACUGAAAUCUAGGUAAGCAAUGUAUACUGCACCACUCUGAUCAAUUAUUUUAGUUACCCAAUCAAAAAAAUCAAUAAGAUUAGUUUGGCAUAACCCCCCUGAAGUAAACCCAUGUUGUCUCUUAUCUUGAAAUCCAUGGGACUUUAGAUGUUCAACAAUCCUAUCCUUUAACGUGGUUUCCAUUACUUUCCCCACUACUGAAGUAAGGCUUACUGGCCUAUAGUUGCCCGACUCCUCCCUACUACCUUUCUUGUAAAUGGGCACAACAUUCGCUAACUUCCAAUCUUCUGGGACUACUCCUGUAGAAUUGGUGUUUAGAUAUUUUAUUUAUCUACAUUUUCUUCACAAAUUGCAUGAUUGUACAAAGUUAAAAAAAAUACAUGUUGGGGUAGAUUCAUCAAAGAAAACAUAGCUGCUAAUCUUGGGCAAAGUACUAAAUAAGGUGCAAUCAUCAUGGAAACCAAGAAUGGCAACUGUUUUGUCUUUAUGAAUCUCCCCUCAAUCUUUUAAUUUUUAAUUACUAAUUUGUACUGAGAACAUUCGUAUAAAAUCUUGAAUUUUAUUUUUUAAGAAGCUGAACUGAUGUGCUAUGUAAAAGCAUAAUGAGUAUUUUUGAAAUAUUUAUAAAACAAUGACUCCCAUGCUGUUGUUUAACUCAGCUCUAUCUAGACAAUAACCCGAGAGUUAAUCCUCAUCCUACCUCUGUUCAUUCUCAAAAUUAACACUUUCUAUGUAGCCUAUUAACGCGUAGACUUCUUACUGUGAAGUCUGAUAUGUAAUCCUCAGUUGAUGAUUUUAUCUGUCAUUCUUCCCUAUGUUUUCCAAGGUUUGUUCAUUUCUUAAUAGUUAAUAAAAAUAUACAUUAUUACAAAGUCUUGUAAUCAACAAAUUAUUGAUUGCUGUCACAUUUUCUAAGCACAGGCUAGUUUAAUAGCAAAGUACUAGAUGACUGUUACUUUAACCAAUUAUUGUAAUUGGAUCACAUUUCUGUCUUGCUGAAAUAAAUCAUUUCCUAAAUACAUUUUAUCCCAAAGAGCUUUUGUUGCAUUGAACAGGAAUCUUCGUAUCCAUCAACUAAAUUGUCACAUUCAUCUGCUAUUUGCUGGGAAUGAGCAAUAUUAGCUGGAUUAAAAUGCUACAACAUUUAGAAAUUUCUGCUUAUUUAAUGCUAUAAGGAUUUAUUUUCUUGACAAUAAAGCUUUAGAUGGCUCUGUCCUAGUGAGUCUCUAAUUUAUUAUUAUUAUUAUUAUUAUUAUUAUUAUUAUUAUUAUUGAUGCAAAUUUGGGUAAUCAAGCGACCCCAUGAACCAGCCCCGCUGUUUGCUAGGAGCAUUAUUCUGAACUGACAAGCAGAAGAAAGAUGCUACAAUAGAGGAAGGGAGGAGGGAGAGAAGGGACGGGCUAAGGUCCUGUCUAUAGCUACUUUAUUCAAAGCAAGCUCUAGGAUAUUGUACAGUGCACCCCUUCCCACAUCAAGAAAGAAGCAGAGAUGAACUGUCUCCUCUCACAGAGUUUACCAUCUUUAGAUGUCCAUCAGCAGUCAGAAUUUUUGUUCAUUUGUGAUUUUAUGAAGUGACUCUAAUUCCAACCUCCAGCAUGGGCUAGCUGAACAGUAAACUAUGGACUAUGAAACUGAAAUCCAAUGAAUUAUUUACUUGGAUCUCACUUCAAACUUAAACAACUAAACUACAUUUUCCAAAUGCAUUUUAUCCAGGGGAGAUUUUCUUGCAUUGAACAUGGACCUUACGGUCCUAGGACUUUUUAUCCUUUUGUGAAACUGGUAUUAUGAGACAAAAUGCGUGGAGACAAUGGUGGUGGCUAGCUAGAAUUUGUAACGAGAAAUGCCAGCUUACAACUAAGCCUCCUGGGUGUUCAUUUGAUUCAUUGUCGAGUAACUCUUUUCAAUUACAGAUGAAGACGUACCAUUUUUUUGAGGAUUCUUAAGAACCUUUGAUAGUCAAGUGAGCAGAAGACUAUCACGGUAUACGCUAUGGAGAAGUAAAGAAAGAACAUGUUCAAUGAGACUUAUUCAGAUGAUUCCAGUAUGGAUUACUAUUAUUAUAACUACAAUAACUCCUUCUCUGAAGAACCACUUUAUCUCUUUCCUGUAAAAGUGCUAACAGGGAUAACCGUCACAUGCGUCCUUCUGUUUGUCAUAGGGAUACUUGGAAACAUAAUGACUAUGCUAGUUGUGUCAAAAUACAAGGAUAUGAGGACUACCACCAACUUGUAUUUGUCUAGCAUGGCUUUCUCAGACCUCCUGAUUUUUCUCUGCAUGCCACUUGACCUGUAUAGGCUCUGGCAGUAUAGACCCUGGAAUUUUGGGAGCCUCCUCUGCAAACUCUUCCAGUUUAUUAGUGAGUGUUGUACAUAUUCUACAAUCCUAAAUAUCACUGCACUGAGUGUGGAGAGGUACUUUGCAAUAUGUUUCCCUUUGAAAGCCAAGGUUGUCAUCACUAAAGGGAGAGUGAGGCUGGUCAUCUUUGUACUUUGGGUAGUAUCGUUUGUAAGUGCAGGACCCAUCUUUGUCCUGGUUGGGGUUGAACAUGAGAAUGGGACAAAUCCUCUUGACACAAAUGAAUGCAAGGCUACAGAUUAUGCCAUCAAGUCUGGGCUCCUAAAUAUCAUGGUGUGGACCUCUAGUGUAUUCUUCUUUCUGCCUGUGUUUUGUCUCACGGUCCUGUACAGCCUGAUCGGCAGAAAACUCUGGAGAAGAAAGAGAGAUGCUAUGGGGCCAAGUCUGUCUCACCGAGACAAGAAUAACAAACAGACUAUAAAAAUGCUAGGUAUGAUUAUGUUGUUCUCUUGUGUGUUGUGGCUACAGUCAUUCACCACCCAUUGUUGUGGCUACAGUCAUUCACCACCCAUAGGGGGGUGAGGGAGGGCCCCAAGGUAACUGCUCCUCUUGAGAAGUAUGGGGAACUUAUGUUUGGAUGGGAGCAGGGGCUAACUGAGGGGCCACCUCCACUCUGUUCCCACAAAUCUUUACCCAAACUUUUAAAAAACAAUUGUCAGGAUCAUCACUUGUUAAGUUUGCUACACAUACAGGGAAAAUGAGCAUUUAACUGUUCUUUCUGUCAGGCAAGAAUUAGGACAUCAUUAUUAGUGUCAUAGCAGAAGCUGAAUGCCUAAAUGUGCUCAAGUUUUUGUCCUUUGUGCAAAAUGAAUGCUUUUGUUUGUGUAAAUGUAUGUGUCAAGCUUUUAGAAUUUGUCAUGAAAUGCAGCAGUGCCCUUCCUGACUUGGGGCUCUGGAGUCACCGUUGGCACCUCUUGAGUUAUAGUGACUUGUACAGUUAACUUAUAACAAUACAUAUGAAAAAUAAUACAUUUUGUAAGACAGAGACCAGCAUAUAUCCUGUUUUAACUGAUUCUUGAAAACUAUAAAGAUUUUUGUUAAUUCUGUAGCUAAGCUUUUAGAUAAUCUAAAAACUAUGACUCCCAUCAAUCUCAGAUCAUCAGACAGCAGUAUUUCUAUUUUCUUUUAAAUUCAUGUUUUUCAUUUAAACUUCUUAUAGAACCCUUUUGAUACAACCUAUCCCCCCCAUAUCUCCUCCUCCCUCCCCCCCCCAAAAAAAAAUCAAUUUUUCCAAGGAAUAUUAAGUUGUAGUUAAGUAGAAUAGUCCUUAGAAUGUUAAGUAAUCUUAACAAUCUGGAGAACAGUAAACUUUGCCAGCAGGCAAGUGACUACCAUAAGUCUUAGCAAGCUGGCAACUUGCUCUCCCAUCAUUUCUUCUGGUAAAAUAUCUCACAUUAUGGUAUUGCUAAAGAAUGGCAGUCUAUGGCAGCUUUUCUACAAUAGGUUGCCCAUAUCUUACAGUCCAGGGACUGUACCUAUGUCAGUGGUUCUUAAUAACUGGUCCAGGGCCUAAAACUUUAUCCCUAUGCAAUGGGUUCUUAUUAUUUGGAAUAAAAUCACCAUAUUUGUCUGAUUCCAGGCACCUGUCCACUGUUUACUGUAACAGCACUGCCUCUCCCAGUGCUGUACAGACUCAUUUGACAUUCUGAAGAGUCUUUGCAAGGUACUUUGCAGAAUUAAUGUUAAACAACUAAAGAAUUUGUGAUUGAGCUAAUAGCCGGCAAAAUGUCAGAGCUGCGUAAAUAGUUCAAUAGUUGAAUGUUUCCAGCCCAACUUGCUUGCUCCACAUGGUUAUUCACUAAACUUCUAAUCACAGGGAAAUUACAUCUCAGACGUGGAUUUAAGGCCAAUGCAGCUGAGAUGAAACAUAGGUAAUUAGUCCAUUUAUGCAUAUUACGACUUAAUCUCCAAAUUAUGAGGUUUAUUUACUAAACAAUAAAUUGUUGUGAAUUGCAAAUAUAGGCUAAACGAUCCAAGUAAUGGUUAUAUAGUUAGCUUAUUUAAUAAUAUUCAGGUAUUUAAUUUUAUAUAUAUACAUAUAUAUAUAUAUAUAUAUAUAUAUAUAUAUAUAAAUAAAAUAUAUAUUUAUGUUAAUGAUACACAGCCAAUUUUACCUACAUGUCUCUGCUUGAUUUUCGAACACUAUAAUUCAGUAUUUUGUGAAUAUGAAUGAAAUCUAUAUUUAAUAAUCCUAAGUGAUUUCAAUAAAAUAUGAGGUGGGGAGGAUUUGAAUGGUUAAAUAAGAUUGGGAGUGUAGCUCACAUAGUAGCUAUGGUUUGCUUUUCAGGAAUUAAUUUGGCUUUGACAGACAUCAGAUAGCGUUUUUUUCAUACUUUCUCCAUUUAUUACAUUAACUGUCUCGAUGCUGGAGUGAACCCAUAGGGGUAACACAAUUCCCAAAGUUAAAAUAAGUUGUGUCAUAAAUACAUUUUCCUAAAUUGAAAUCUCAUAUGAAUCCUUGCUGGGGAUUAUAGCUCAGUUAAUAGUGUCCAAAGAAUGUUCUUCUGUAUUUUAAAAUAGCCCCAAGCUGAGUUUUCCCAUUAAACUCUGAGCUGAAAGGAACAUUUUAUGGUCAUUUUCCAGAGCAUAAAACGUCAAUUUUUGCUCUGAUUAUAAUGGGAAAACUCAGCUUGUGGAUACAGAAGCAACCAUUUCAUAUCAGUUUGUGAUCCAGCAGAAUAUGAGUGGAUCUGCAUACCCUAACGGAGAGGUAAACCUUACUGUUUCUGAAAUUGAAUGUGUUUAAAACAAAGGCAAGCAAAAUAAUUGUUUGUCUAAUACAAAUGUUUUGCACCGUGUUCCCAUAGAAACGUAUAAUUGGGCUCUGUAGCUACCCGUGACCUUUUAUCUUAUUGGUUGGGCGUAAUGUCCCUUGAGCCCAUGCUUACGAUUUUGAAAAUAAGAGAAACUUGUAAAAAAAAUCCCUGUUUCUUUUUCUUUGCCACGUUCUGCCGUGCUACACUGCAUCUUUUGGAAUAGGAGGCAAAUGUCUUUAAAGGGUUACUCCAAGCAUGGUAACCACUACAGUCCGGGCUUCGGGACUCCUCUCCUUCUCAGUGGCAUGCUUCCAGCUUCUACAGAACUGAAGCCAGAUGCAGCUCCAGUCACAAUUCAUUGGUUGAGAAGGUCAACUGGAUGCUUUUAGCCAGCUAACGGUACAUUGUGCAAAAAAAAAAUUGUACAGAAUUGACAUUAGCCAGAACACGACUUUUGUUCCCAGCUGGAUAAUGAUACUCCUAUAAGGCUACUAGAGGUGGACUUUCAUAGCCAAGUGGUUAAACUCGGUAUGUGUCGUGUGACUCCAGGCAUCACCAUCACUUCAUAUCACUUAAGUGGUCAUGGUGCUUGGAUUAACCCUUUAAAGCUGUUGCAAUGCACAUUCACAAUUAAAAUGCUCAACAAUAGAUGCAAAGCUACAAUAGAGUGGUAGGAAGCAAUGUUAUGUCACUAUAUGCAGACGUACAACAUUGACCAAAACAUGCAAGUUCCCAAUGCAUUGCAGGCAGACAAGUUAAAUGCAAGCUUUACAAAAGUCCUGUUUAAAAAGGACAGGUUUACAAAGUGUGCAUUUUAUAGUGUGCCUUUUUUGUAAUGCAGUUACAUUCUGUUUAUCACUGUAUUGACAGGCUAGAGUAGGAGAACCCUCUUGCAGGUGGUUCUCCUGCUUAGCCUCAUAACAACUACAGCGCAUCUGCUUUAAGAUCACAGGAAUGGUAAAGUGAAUUGCAUCAGUGAAGCGUACAGGUAUAUAGGUGGAUGGAAAAUAUUAGGGACACUGUAGUUACCAAAACAACUACAGAUUAAUGCUACGUCCCUGCAGACAUUAUAAUGUAAACACUGCCUCUUCAUACUAAGGAAAGCAUCGCAUUGGCUGAGAUCAUCAAAACUAAUGAUCUCAUCAAAUGAGGUGAAUCAUAGGCGAGGCCUACCCUUUUCAGGAGCAGCAAGGGGGACUGGUAACAUAAACUGUGUUUUCACACUUAUUGUAAGCCUGACACAAUAUCGUCCUUUAAAAUGUUUCCAUCAUUUCUCCAGUAUGAAGGACUAAACACGUGACCUCAAAAUAAACAAAAUUAUUAUUAAUCAGGAUACAGUCAACAUUUCAGCCGCAUUACCUUGAUGUGUUGCUAUAAAUCUGAUAAUGAGACUCAAAUGUUGACUAUAUGUUUGUAUUUCUGCUUAAAAUAUGGAAAUUAUUUUAAUUAUUCUUAAAAUGAACCUGUCAUGCCAGAAUCUUCCCGUAAGUACUUCAUAUAUAAUUUAUUUUAAAUAUAAAUGAUAUUAUUAAUGUAAACUUUUUACAUAUAAACUUGCCUCCCAUCCAGUACCCACCCGCCACGUCCUCUGCUUUGCGGGUUUUACACUACUGCAAUACCCACCUCUGGUCUGCCUGCGCUAUCCCUGCAUUGUGAUUUGAUCUGCUUGGGAUCACUUCCCUAAACAGGGCAAUCAUCCUCAACUGACAUCUAAACAGAGUCACUCCAUUCAUAUACUGCGUAGUUGGACUACUGACUUUGGCUAGGGAGUAACCAUAGAAACCACAGUGAGUGCUCUGGCUUUGCUGUAUUUGGAGAGCAGAAGGACUGCCUGUAGGAGCUCUCUAUAGCUCUCACUGUCAGUCAUUUCUUCAGAACAGAGGGCUGUGCUGAAGAAUUAAUUGACAGGUAGGCGAAAGAGAAUGUUAUUGAGAAUACCUCUAUGUUUUAAACUAGAUAUUUACACUGAAUAUAUAUUUAAUGUCUGUAGAUGUUGGAAGCCUGUGUUAAUGAAGAGUUUUCCUAUAAAACCAUUGUUAAAUACAUUAAAAAAAAAACUUACAUCAGAUACUGAUUUCAGUGUCAUAUCAAUCCUUUGACAUGCAUUCAGUGUCAUGCCAAUCCAUGUGAAUGUUUGCCGAAAGCUGAGAGUUUCAAGCACCAGUGGCCCCUGAUGCCGCCCAACUAUCUUUGGACCCUAGGGCCAGCUUUACAUACCGUUACUUACAAAGUACUGAUAUCUCUGGGUCUUCAUUCUAGGUGCCACCAUCUUCAGUUUUCUAAGAUGAAGGCACCCAGGAAUGGCAUUAUCUACCCAUAGAUGGAUGUGUGAAAAGGGGAUCAGGUGCUUGCACUCAAUUGACUCCAAUGAUUGGGUGAGAGUCAACAGUGAGAAUGAGUUACGCACCGCUACAGGAUGUGACACGAUGCUGAAGGGAGGUACAUGGAUCCAGGGUCAAUUACAAAGUUGGCAAAAGCAGUUUGAAGAAAGCUCCAACCUUUCUCAACUUUCGUCAAUCUUCACUUAUACAAAGUAGUCCCUACGUUUCCUUAUGUAUACCUUUAAAAUAAAGCAUGUUUUAAAAAAAAGGGGGCCAAUUAAGGGGGGGAUAUGGGACAUGUUGAUAUAAAAAAUAAAGUGGCAGAUCUACUUUAACAUGGCUGUGAGACCUCACCUUAACUUUCUGCCAUCACAUUGCUCUUUCUGAACUGUCUUUUACAUGUAAGAACUCUAGAGUUAUUGUCUUUAAAGCUACACUCCAAGCACCAAAACACCUUUAACUUAAUAAAGUGGUUUUGGUGUAUAGACCAUGCAGUCUCACUGCUAAAGGGAAUCUAUAGUGUUAGGCAGUGGCAGUGUUAGCCCUUGGGCCCCCCACGCCCCCUUGCCACCACCCCUCCCCCCCCCCACUCACUCAGCCCAUCCUCCCCUGGCAGAUGUCCCUUGGAGCAUGGUUGGUGCUCCGCCUCCUCCAAAAUCACCUAUAAGUGGGCUAAUACACAUGCACGCAAAGCACUGUGAGCUCAUUAGGGUUCCUAAUGCAGAGCAUGAAGAUGUCCAGCAUCAUUUUGGGGACCAAAAUUCCAUUAGCAACCAGGAAGUGCCUGUAGUGGCUGUCUAAUUGACAGUCAGUAAAGGCAGUCUUAGUCCUGCAAUGUAAUUAUUGCAGUUUCUCGAAAACAGCAAUGAUUUACAUUGCAAGACUAAGUCGGACACGUACACUACACCCACAACCCUUCAAUGAGAUGAAGUGGUCUGGUUGACUAUCGUGUCCCUUUAAAUCACUUUGUUUAUGCAGACAUAGCUACACCUCCCCUGACUGAGACUCCCACGUCCUGAAAAAGAGAUUAAAGAAGCACUACAAGCACCAUAACAACUAUAGCUCAUCAGUAGAGCCGUGGCACCCUCCUAUUGCAAGGAGCGAUCAGCUGAUGCUCUCAGCCAAUGAGCUAAGCCCUGUUUUUGUUGAGGCACUUAUAGCUCAUAGGAGAUGGUAGUAGGGGGCUUUGACUGGUAGAACCCAGGUAGGAAGUCAAACCAUUCACAAACUAUGCAAGCUGUAGUGAUUAUGGUUCUUGGAUUGUUCCUUUGCUUUAUUUAGCUUCCCUUACUGCACACCGUGUUUAAUUUAGAAUUUCUUAUCUCCUGAUCUGUUGCCAGCUAAAGCAGUCUCCUGUGUGUUAUUCAAAUUCAAUUAACAUACAGGAGACUUCAAGAACUUCUAACGUAAACACACUAUGCUGUACAAUUUAAACCUUUUUUCAUGGAGACUGUGUGAGUCAAGGUCUGGGAAGUUGUGACUGGGGUUACAUAGACAGAAACAUAGGUGGUUUAACUCGAAAAUGGCAGAGAUAUCCGUAUAGUAGCAGUAUUUCUGAGUUACAAUUCCCUGCUCUUGAAAGGCCGUAUUAAUUCCCCAAAACAUUUAUACAACUUUAGCUGAACAAAUAAUUAAGGUCCCAAAAUAGGUUGCAAAUGGAAAAGCGCAGCCUUUGUCAAAAUAGUCUGCAUUCCAUUAUCCCACCACUGUAUAAAACACAAAAAUGCCUAUUAUCAUCCUGCAAGCGGGCUUUAACAUUAAGUCGUUAUAUGAUUCAAAUUCAUUAUCUAACUGUGGUUGUAACCGUUACUCUUUGAAAACAUUCAAAUGCAAAUUGUCAACAAUAAAUGCUGUGAAUUCAGUCACGCAUUAACAUAUUUUACAGGUUGCAAAGUGAAUGUGAUUAUUUAUAGUUAUUUUGAUGUGAAACUAUGUGUAUGCAUAGUAAUAACAUAAUAUUCCUUUAAACACUGUUUAUACCAACAACAAAAAAACAGAUAAUGUUCCGUUCUGAAUUCCUCUAAACACAUGAAAAUCUGCACAUAUUGUUGAUCACACAAACAGAGCAGGAAAGAAUAUUUAUAUCACAAGAACAGCUGGGAGAUACAUUGCCAAAAGUUGACCAGAGAAUGUAAACAUUUCAGCCAAUAUAACAGAUAUGGAAAAAAUGUUGGUAUUUUCCCAGCUUGGCAUAUUUUGGCCUACAAGUAUGGAUUGCCAACAAUUCACAAUUUAGUGCAGGGGUAGGCAAUCUUUGGCACACCAGAUGUUGUGGACUACAUCUCCCAUGAUGCUUUGCUACCAUUACGGGAGAGUAGGCCACAACAUCUGGAGUGUGGACGCUUGCCUGCCCCUGGUUUAGUAAAUUCUCUGACAGUGAACACUUUCAAGAUGCAAAUUUCCGAGAUUAUAUAAACACUUUAUUUGCGUAUUGCUUCAUCUGGCAGCAAACGGCUAAAGUUAGCACUCACGCUAGUUUCCAUAUUUUCUUUAUUCUCCCACACCCAGUGACAGGAUUCACACAGGGAUUUAUUCACUAAACUGAGAGUUUAAAAAGAAUUGAUGAUAAUUGGACAUGCUAGGCCAAUAUAACCAAAACCUUUAGGAGAUUAGCGGUUUUGGCCAAACAUUGGUAAUUACCUUCUCAAUUUGAAAAAAGGUGUGCAUUUAUAUAUUUUUUCUCUUCUUUCAUUGGUAACUGGAAUCGGGUUAUUCACUAAAGUGAAAUCUGACAGGAAGUCAAAAUGAAUUUCAAAGUGUAGAACAAAAUAUGCAAAUUAGAAAAAUUAUUUAAAAAGAAAUACAAAUUCAAUUUUCAGUUUGACUAUUUGGCCUUAAAUGUAAGAUUCACUUUGAAUUUCCAGCUAUUAGAACAUUAGUAAACAACUGUGUAAAUGCACAAUAUGUUCUGCCUGGUGUCACUGUGUAACACGGACUCUCUUUUCUCUUCCAGCUGUGGUUGUGUUUGCCUUCAUUCUUUGCUGGUUGCCCUUUCAUGUAGCACGCUACUUGUUUUCCAAAUCGUUUGAAGCUGGUUCCUUGGAAAUUGCUGUGAUCAGCCAGUAUUGUAACCUGGUCUCUUUUGUGCUGUUCUAUCUGAGUGCUGCCAUCAAUCCGAUCCUAUACAACAUUAUGUCGAAAAAAUAUCGCGUAGCUGCUUGCAGGCUUUUCAGACUGAGAAAUAAUUCACGAAAAGCCCCUUAUACAACAAAUGAUGAAAGUUCUCCUGCCUGGACAGAGUCCAAUAUUAGCACGUGA